AUGCUUCAUAAUUCUUGGAGACAAUCAUUUAACAUUCGUCACUUAUGCAUUCGUGAACUAACAAUAGAUGAAGUACUCAAGCGUUUUACUGAUUAUCGUCGUCCAGCAAUGAUUGUUGAUGCAUCACUUAAACAAUCUCACCAUGAUCAAUCUUCUUCGCUCAAUAUUAAUCAAGAAUUCGUUAAUGAAUCUGAAGAUGAUGAUGAAUAUAAUUAUAAUCAUUUAUCAAUUACUUCUCUGUCAGUUUGUACAUCUCAAACUAACUCACUAAUCAUUCUUCGAAAUGAAUCAAUAGUAGAAUUGACUAUCGAUCAACCCUGCUAUAAUUCGAACUUCACAGGAUCAAAUGAAAUUUCUUCUUCUGAAAAAUUAUCAUUGACACAACAACAUGAAGAUGAACUUGAUACAACUAAAGAAGACAAAGAACCUUGUUCAAUUGUUAAACAAAAACGUACGAAGCAUUAG